AUGAAAAAUAGAAACUCAGUUUUUGCUACAGGCACAUUAACUUCAUCAUAUUCAAUAUCUUCCACUGAAGAUGGUAUAAGAUAUAAUGUGUACAGAGAAAGGAUUGAGAAGUUAUCAGGAUGGUUAGAAGAUCAAGUAGUGAGUGGUCAUGUAUUUGAGAAAAUGAAGGAAAUAAGAAAUAGAAGAAUUACUGAUGCAAUGAUUUUAAGACCAAUUAAAGACGAUGAAGUUCAGAAGGAUAAUAAAGAUGAGAAGAAAAAUUUCAGGGGUUUAGGAGAAGGUGAGGAGUUGGGAGCAAUGGAAAUAUAUUUGAAUCAGGAUGCAGAAAGACGAGCGAGACAGCUGAUUCAGCGUUCAGGCGUAGUUCCAGCUUCUAAGGAUAUAUUAGAUAGGCAAGCUAGGAAACUUAGCCAAACUGGUAAUGAUAAAAAUGCUAUUCUAAAUGGAAAUGAAAAGAGAAAUGAAGUAAUAGAAACAUGGUUGUCAAGUGGAAUAAUGCCAGGGGACGAUCAGAUUGACCUACCAAAAGAGUAUAAUGACUGGAAAAUGCAGAAAAUGGUGAAUAAUUUGGCUCCUGAUUUGAGAAUAAGAAAGAAGUUACUAGAGAAUUCUUUAAAGAACAUAAAACCAAUUCCUGUAGAUGGAGAAGAUUUACCAGAAAAUAUGGUAGAUAAUGAAAAUGUAUUGCAAAAGAAUUUUGAAACUAGUAUGAUGUUUGCACCACCAUUAGCAAUGCCAGAAAUUAAGGUCAAAUCUCCAAAGAGGAUGAUGCAAAGUAGAGGUAGAAGUCCAGUAAAGCGAACGUCUCCAAAGAAGAUAGGUAUCGAUAUGAAAGAAAUAGCAAAAGUAGUGGUUAAACAAGUACAAGAUACUUUGGAAGCAACUAUUGAAAAUAGUCAGAUUGAAAUUGAAGACAAGAUAGAUUCUUUAAAUGAUCAUUUGAAGCAAUUGGAAGAAAAGACCAAUAUGAUAUUAGAAAAAAGUGAGCAAAAUAGUCCAAAAAUGGAGAUAAUAAAGAUUGAUUCAAUUAAAGAAAAUGAGGAAAUAGUUCCAAAAAAACAGAAUUUAUCAUUUUUAUCACCAGUUAAGAAAAAGAUGGAAGCUCCAAUACCUCCAAAGAAGACAACAAUUAUUCCAAAUGUUGUAAAAUCAACAGUAAAGGAGCAGGAUUCACCACAUGAGAAAGUUAGUGUCAAAUUCUCUCUAUACUUUUCAAUGUUUAAAAAGAAGAUUUUAAAAAGUUUUAACAAUUUAAAUGAAUUAUAUCAUGAAAUGAAACCAAAUUCAAAUGGAGAUAUAUCACAGGAAAACUUUAUCGCGUUUUUAAAAGAUAAUAAGAUUCCAGGGGGGAAUUCAGAACAUACAAAAUUGUUUGAUGAGUUAAAAAGUCAGAAUGGCUCAAUUACAAGAUUAUCACUAUACAAAAACGUACAUCCAUUAUAUGAGAAUCCUGAUCCGACUUUGGAAGAUUUUGUUAAGUUGUUAGAUGAGAUAUAUGAAGGUUGUGAGAUUCCUGUAUUAGUUUCAACAUUUAAGGAUACUUUUCUGAGUAAGGGAACUUUCUUAAAGUUUGGUCAAGAUCAGCUUUUAUUAAGUGAAUCAAGUAUGGAAUAUAUUUGGAAAAACUAUAUGAGUUCUGGAGGAAUCGGUAUUUUUAAUACUUCAGAAAAGCUAAUAGAAAAGAUCAUGAAUAUUCGGAAAAAACUAGGAUUGGAAGAUUUAUCUAAUGAGAAAGAAAAACAAAACAGUAUGAACGAGGAUAUGACUGUAGAUAAGGAAAUAGCUAGAAAAGAAAAGGAGAGAGAGGAGGAAGAGAGAGAAAAAGAAAAAGAGAGAAUAAGAAAAGAAGAAGAAGAAAAGGAAAGGGAAAGAAUAAAAAAAGAGAAAGAAGAAGAAGAAAAGGAAAGAGAGAGAAUAAGAAAAGAGAAAGAAGAAAAAGAGAGAGAAAGGGAAAAAGAAAGAGAGAGAAUAAGAAAAGAAAAAGAAGAAGAGGAAGAGAGAGAAAGGGAAAAAGAAAGAGAGAGAAUAAGAAAAGAGAAAGAAGAAGAGGAAGAAAGAGAAAGAGAAAGAGAAAGAGAAAAAGAAAGAGAGAGAAUAAGAAAAGAAGAAGAAUUGAACAAGAAGAGUCCAUCAAUUACAUCUAUAUUAUCAUCAUCUUCAGCCUCAUCAGCAAAAUCAAGAUCAACACGUUCUUUAACUUCAUCAUCAUCCUCUUCAAAAAAUGAAUCAAUAAAUUCUUCAUCAAUUUCUUCGAGAGAAAAUUUAUCAGAAACAAAAAUGAGUACAAGUAGAAGUAGAAAAUUAUCAAAAUUAAAUUCUUCCAAUAGCGUUAGAAACUCAAUCAUUAGAUCAAAAUCUAUAACAAGUGAAUCAUCAGAUUCAGAAAUGGGGUCAAAAAUAGGUUCAGGAUCAAAGUCAAAAGAGAAAUCGAGAUCUGAAUCAAAAAAUAGGUCAGUAUCUGUAUCAAAUUCAGAGCAUAGUAUAGAAUCAGAAUCAAAUUCAGAGUCAGAAUCAAGUUCAGAGUCAAGUUCAGAAUCAAGAUCAGAAUCAAGAUCAGAAUCAAGAUCUGAGUCAAAACUUAGAUCAGGAUCAAGAUCAAGAUCAAGAUCUGAUUUUGAAUCUGGACCAAGAUCUGAAUUAUCAACACCAAAAUCAAAAAAAAAACAAGGAUUAUCAGGCUCUGAGAAUGAAAUGAAAUUAAAUAGAAAUUUGUCAUCUAGUAGUAGUAUUAAUGAAUUUGACCCAAAGACUCAGAAAGAUAGUGUUAUUGAGAAGGAUCCAACAAAAAGAGCAAUAUUAAUGAAUUUGGACCCUGAUACAGAGAGUCUACCAUUGGAUGAUAGGUUGAGGAGUAGGAUAAAAGAGGUUUAUAAAACAGGAGGAGCUGCAUAUAAAGAAAUGUGUGGGGGGAAAAUAGACAAGAAUGCAACUUUAUCCGAGUUUGGAGAUUUUAUCGAAAAGUUAAAUAUAUUUCUAAGUUUUUCAGAAAGCAAAGAGUUUUAUGGGAAAUUAACAAAAACUCAAGGUUCUCUGAAUAUUGGUUCUAUGUAUUCAUAUUUGCAUAAGUUAGAAAAUGUGAAAAAUCCUGAUCCAGAAAUCAUAGGUAAUUACUUGAAGGAGAUAUAUGGUACAGUAGAUGAGGCCUUUAAGAAAAAGAAUUUGUUUGACCAUGAAACUAUAACUGAACAAGAAUUUAUUCAAGUUUGUACUGAUUCUGGAUUUACUAAGUCUGCAUUGAAGACAUUAUUUAAGGAAAUGACAGGAAAUAUAGAAGGUGCAUAUGUUGAAGUACAAGAUGUAAUACAAUGUUUACAGGGUCAUAUUACAGCAAAAGAGGUAUAUGAAGAUGAGUUAAAUAGAAAUUCUCAGUGGGCAAUUUGGAGAGUUGUACCACAGAGAAAAAUAUUAAUUAAUGAAGAUAAAAGAAAAUCUGAAUUAAAUAUCGUAAUACAAGCAUUAGCAUCUGAUAAAAUUAAAGAUUUUAAAGGAAUAGGAAAAGAGGAAUUAAUACACAUUGUAGAGAAUUUCUUUAUGAGAGAACAAUUAUCAGCAUCAAGUCAAGUUAUUGCUAAAGAUGAAAAAGGUUAUUCACUUUCAGUAAUAGUUUCUGGAGCUGUAGAUUCCAUUGAAUCUUUAUGGUAUGGUGAAAAUAUAUUAGAAACAUUUAAAGUAGGUGAUAUUAUAGGAAUUGAUAUGUUUAAAUCAACACCAAGUAAACAAUUUUUAAGAACUAAUGAGGAAACAGUAUUAUGGAAAUUAAGUCCAAAAAUAUGGGAAAUUAAAGUAAAAAAUAGAAUUGAAGAAUUAAAAGAUGGGUUUUUAGCAAUAGAUGAUUAUUUUAAACAAGAUAAGAUUUUUAGUAAAUUAGAUUCAAAAAACCAAAAAAAUUUAUAUGAUAAUGCAAUAUUUACAAGAUACCCAUCAAAGACAUGUAUAUUUAAACAAGGAGAAUUAGCAAAAAGCUUUAUAUUAGUAUUUGAAGGAUCAGUUUCUUUAAUAGUUGAUGGAGAUUUAACAAAGAUGCCAGAAAAGUAUAGAAAAAAAUCAACAGGAACAAGUAUUGGUGAUAAAUAUUUAAUUAAUAGAAUGAAAUAUCCAUAUAGUUGUUAUUGUGAUUCAGAAUGUGAAUCAGUAAUUAUUAUUACAAUAUCUGAUGAGAUUAUAAAUAUGGUUUUAAAUGAUGAAAUAAAAAAAGAAUUGAUUAAAAUGGAUGAAAAAUUAGAAAAGAAAAAUCCUAUUCCAAUUCAAGAAAAAUUAAGAUAUCCUGAUUUAAAAUUAAUUCCAAAGUCUGAAGGAGAAGUAAAAUCAAGAGUAAAAAGUUUAAAAGAUAAUAAAGAAGAGAAAAAAGAUAAUGAUGAUAUUAAUAAUGAUGAAAAUGAUAAUAAUGAAGAUUCUAUGAAUGAAAAUACUAGUAGAAGUAGUAAUAAUAAUCAAAAUGAUGAAUUAUUAGAAAAUGAAAAGAAAAUUGCAUUAGAAUAUUUAAAAGCAGAUAUACAAUCAAGAAUAUUAAGAAAACAUAUAAGUUUGGGAGAUUGUUUUAAUUAUAUGUAUAAAAAUUGUGUAUCAAAAGAGAAUAAAGAAAAAAUGAAGAAUGUUCCACCAGUAACAUUAUUUGAUGAAGAUAGUCAACCAAGUAAAGAUUUAAUAAUAAAAUGGCCUAAAUAUGAUAAAUUAUUUAUUGGAAAUUGGGUAGAUACAGAUGCAUUUGCUGAAUAUGUUUCUGAGGUAUUACAUAUUAAAGCAACAUUUACAGAUAUAACAUCAAUAUUUAUGAAUUUUUGUUCUCCAUUAGAUAAUCGUCUAUAUAUUGGUACUUUUUAUAGGAAUUUUGAGAAAAUUUCAGAUUUAUCAAUGAAAGAUUUUAAUAGAAGAUUGGUAGAAAUAGAUGGAAGUGUUUUUAAUACAUUUACAACAGUUGGAGGUGUAGUACCAGGAGGAAGUGUAUCAACUGAUACAUUUAUAGUAAUAGGAGGAAGAGCAGGGUUUACACGUCCAGAAGCUACAGAGUUAUUUUUAAAACAAAUUGAUGUUUUAAAAACAAAAACAAUAUCUUUAACAACAUUAUCAAAAUUAGUAUCAGGUGAGAUAACUAAAAAAGAAGCACAUGAACAAGAAUCAGGAUAUGGAUUAUUUAGUAUGGCACAAGAUUAUUUUGGAAGAGGAGGAGGAUCAGUAUCAAAAUUAUGUGAUAAUGGUGGUGUUUUAGAUUAUAAGAAAUUAACAACAAAAUAUGAAGAUGUUAGUUGUAAAAAAGAAAAAGAAUUAAAAAUUUUAGAUAAUAAAGAGAAUAUAAAAAUAUUAUCUAAUAUAGAUAAUAUGGAACCAUUAGCAGUAUUAAAUAGUAAUCAACGUAUUUGGUUAAUAUCUUUAUUAGAAAGAAAACAAAUAAAAAAAGGAUCAAAAUUUAUAAAUCAAGGAGAUCCAAAUGCAGCAAUGGUAAUAUUAUAUAAAGGAGAAUUAUCAGUAAUGCAAACAGGAUUUUUUGGUUAUGAUUCACAAUUAGAAGAAAUUUCUGCUGAUGGUGAAAAAGAUGAUUUAAAAUUAUUUGGUUGGAAAGAAUAUUAUUCAUUAAAACAAGCUUCAGAAGUAUCAUUAGUAGCAAAAAAAGAUUCAAUAGUUUAUUUAUUAUCUCGUAAUGAUAUAGAUCAGAUAAUUGAAAUGAUAAAUAAUAGAGUGGAAAAGAUCAAAAAUAUUUAUUUAGUUUUAUUAAAUACUCCAAAUAUACGUGAUUGGCCAAUCAAAGUUUUAGAGAAAUUUGCAUGUUGUCUUAGAAUUGAGAUAUUUAUUAAUGAUGAAACAAUUUUGGAAAUGGGUCCUUGUGAUAUAGAAAACUUAAAAUUCUAUGUUGUUGCAGAUGGUGAAGUAGUGAUAGAAGGGGUUCCAAUGGGUGAUAUGGAAGAAUUAAAUGAUUAUAUUGUAGGAAGAAGUAGAUAUUUUGGUGAGUGGGCAAUAAUUAAAGGUUUUGAUGAGAGAACUUCAAAUGUGAUAUCUAGAGGAAAGAAGACAGUUUUAUUAUCAAUUCCAAAGAGAGAUUUUAAAAGGAUCUUGUCAUUAAUUGGUGAUUAUGCAAUACAUAGAUUCCAAGAUUAUGGAUUACAAUUAUAUCACUUUUCACCAAAGCAUUCAAAAAGAUUUAAUAGCCCAAUUCGUGUAUUAAAUAAUAAAUCUUAA